UGUAGUGUUUAUAGAAUGGGGAAGGUGAGCAGCGGCUCGGACUGUGGUGAUUAAAGGAGUUUCACAUCUGGGUUCGCUCUCAUUAACGUCGGAGAGAGAGGCUUGAGAAGAGAGGACCUGGCGGUUGAAACGAGGAGGAUGGACAGCGAGGAUGACGCUAUUCUCCGGCUCCGCAGCCGAGCCAUCCCCACGAUGCCUACCUUCCCUGACUUGAAAAGCUCUUUGGAUGGGGAGCUCAGUCCGGGGAAAGGACAGCAAAGCAGUGAAGACAACCACAUCACCAGCAAUGGGAGGAUUGAAGUGGAACACGUCAUCAGCAAAAAACUACAACUGAAAAAGAAAGCAGAGUACUUGAAGAGUGACCUGCUGCGUCAGUUUGACAUGCAGGUCAAUGAUUUUAUGGACAGUCUUAUUGAGGAGUCGACCAGCCUGGAGCCUGCACCGGUACCUGCUGUAUUUUCACCUCCAAUGUCAGACAAGGAGCGGAGCAAACUCAGGCACUUUCGUCCUCCUCACGGUGAGGGAAAGCUGUUUGUAAGCCGCAGAUCCCUCCUAGAUGAGCUGUUUGAGGUGAACCACAUCAGGACCAUCUACCACAUGUUCAUUGCCCUGCUCAUUCUUUUUAUCCUCAGUACACUUGUGGUAGAUUUCAUUGAUGAAGGCAGACUGGUGUUGGAGUUUGAUCUGCUGGUCUAUGCCUUUGGGCAGUUCCCUCUGGUGGUGUGCACGUGGAUCUGCAUGUUUUUGUCUGUGCUGUUUAUUCCCUACACCCUGUUCUACCUGUGGGCACAGAGCCACUCCGGCUCCCACAGCCAUCUCAGGUUGUAUUCUUUGCUGUUUGGCACUUUAUUCCUGCUCUACCAAGCUCUGGGUCUAGGAUUUCUGCCCACCUAUACGGUGGUGACCAACAGUUUCCCGCCUGCGUCCUGCUUCAUCAUCAUCCUGGAACAGGUACGUCUAAUGAUGAAAGCUCACUCAUUUGUCAGGGAGAAUGUACCACGAGUCCUCGCAUGGUGUAAAGAAAAAAAUGGCCCUGGUCCAGUGGUCCCUCAGGUUUCUCAGUAUCUCUACUUCCUGUUUGCACCCACGCUCAUCUACAGAGACAAGUACCCCAGGAAUCCGGUGAUUCGGUGGGGCUACGUGGUCUCAAAAUUACUUCAGGUACUUGGCUGUCUGUUUUAUGCCUAUUACGUGUUUGUGCGGCUGUGCAUACCUCAGUUUCGCAGCAUCAGUCUGCAGCUGUUUGAUCUGCGAGCCAUGGUUCUCUGUGUCUUUAACUCCAUCUUACCAGGGGUGCUGGUCCUCUUCCUGGGAUUCUUUGCCUUCCUCCACUGUUGGCUCAAUGCUUUUGCUGAGAUGCUUCGAUUUGCCGACAGAAUGUUUUACAAGGAUUGGUGGAAUUCGACCUCUUUUGCCAAUUACUAUCGCACUUGGAAUGUAGUUGUCCAUGACUGGCUGUACUACUACGUGUACCGGGACUUCCUGCGGAUGUCUCAGAAACGCUGCCGACCAGCCGCCAUGCUGUUCGUGUUUACAGUGUCUGCAGUGGUUCAUGAGUACAUUCUUGCAAUUUGCUUUGGUUUCUUCUAUCCUGUGCUCUUCUGCCUCUUCAUGUGCUUUGGAAUGAUGUUCAACUUCAUUUUGCAUGACAAAAGGAAAGGCCCCAUCUGGAACAUAAUCAUGUGGACGUCCCUGUUCCUGGGUCAGGGAGUCAUUAUCUGUCUGUACUCUCAGGAGUGGUAUGCCCAGCGCUACUGUCCCCUGAAGGAGCCUUCCUUUUUUGAGCUACUGAAGCCUCGCUCUUGGAGCUGUGAGAGGCCUGAUGACAGACUCUGAUGGGCUGUGAGCUACAGCUGAGCUGCUGGGACGACGAUUAUUGCUGAUUAGUAUAAAUGAGACCAGCCUGUCUGCUACUGUCACAACGUCUGGACUUUUGUUUUAUUUAAGGUUCAUAGUUUAUUUGAAUGUAUGGAAAAAGUCUCUGCCAAAAAAAAGCCAGCAAAGUUAUAAUGAUGCCUUAUUUGUUUUAAGUUAUCAACUCCA